CCAAUCAGCAUUUGGGAUUUAUUAGCGCACGUUAAAUCUUGCGUUUGUCCACAUUGGCAUUUGUGUACGUCAUUUAUUUUUAGCUACACAUUUCUGAUUAUUGCAACAACAACAAAAUAUCCGUUUUAACACAAUUCACAGGCUCACUGAAAACAAUUGAGGACUGCAGACAAAAAUAUAAAUAUUGUAAGACGUGGACGAAGUUGGUAUUUGUAUUAACAGCUGAGCCUGCAGUGCAAGCAGGCUAACUAACCUGAAGCGUAGCUAGCUAGCUUCUCUAAACGGCGUUAUUUACAGGAAAAUCUGCAUCUGUUCAGCAACUACAAAAAGAAAAAUGACUUCAGCCUCAACGAAGGUUGGGGAGAUCUUCUCAGCAGCAGGAGCUGCUUUCACCAAGUUAGGGGAGCUGACCAUGCAACUGCACCCCGUAGCUGACUCCAGUCCCGCAGGAGCUAAGUGGACGGACACUGAGAUUGGGCAGCUGAGAUCGGCCGUGGUGAGGUUUGGUGAUGACCUGAACUCCCUCAGCGCUGUCAUCAAGGAACGCACCGUGGUCCAGAUUAAAAGUACAGUGAAGAGGAAGCUCUAUGACGAGACUGGGAUGCCCAUUUCCACCGACUCCCCAAAAAAGACCGCCAAGAAGACUGCUGUUACCAUGGCCACCACGGCAACCCCAACUGUCAUUGCUGUGCCGACCUCACAGGUUGUCAUGAAGGCAGGUGUCCAGGGAAAUGUGACUCUGGCCAUUCCCACCAUGAAGAAACAAAAGUCUGCAGCAGAUGUGACUCUGAGUGCUCUGAAUGACUCUGACGUCAACUCUGACCUGGUAGACAUAGAGGGACUGGGAGAGGGAUCCAACUCCAAGAAACUCAACUUCGAUCAGGACAACCUGAACCUCGACUCCAGCUUCAUUAUGAACUCGUGACCUGCCGCUCCUCUCUCGUUGACCAAGAUGUUUUCAUUAGCACCCUAUUUCCUACACAUAGUGCACUAUUUUUGACUGGAGCCUUAUGGACCCUGGUCAAAUGUAAUCCACUAAAUAGGGAUUAGAGUGCAAUUUGAGACGCAGCCCCGACAUCUCUAUGGACAACAGCCGAGAUCCUUCAGAUUUGAUUUGGCGGAUCUCUAUGGGUGCAUCUGAAAUGGCAUCUUAUUCCCUGCUUUUUUAGCCAAGGCCUAUGAGGGGUGCAAAUUUCUCUUGCAUGAGGAAUGUGUUGGAUGUAAAUAAUGUUUUUAUUUAUUUAUUCAUACAUGAUUGAUUUGUACUACACAAAAAGCUCAUGUGCAGAGAUGCAUGGCCAAGGACUACAGUGUGUAGAUUUUGCCAUCUUGGUUUAUGUCAACUAUAUGUGGGGUAGGUGGCCCUGCAAAUUCCCAUUUGACAAUGCUGCAACUGCAAACUGUUGUUUCCGGAAUCAUGUACUUGUGAACCCAGUGUUGAGCUCACCAGCAAAUUAAACUGGUAUUUGAAAAGCAUACUGGAUAAUAUAGAUGAACACAAUUGUAUCAAAAGGACAGGAAUUAGUUUAGUGCUGUUUUCUGUUUGAAACAGUGGAUUAUCUUAUUGUUCAAAACAUGACCCAUGUAAUUUUGGGGGGAAAUAUUUCUCGGUAAGUUACUGACAAACAUUUGUAGUUUUAUAUAGAGGCUUACUCUAAAGACAAUCAAAUUACCUGUGCGAUUUGCUGAAUUAUGUUGAAUAAAUUGACAAAUUACCAACUAGAAUUUUA